AUGCCGUCGUCCUCGCCCGAUCGCGCCGCAGCGCCCAUCCGCGAGUCGGCCACCGCGCGCUCAUCGCUCUCCUCGCAGACCACCGAGCUCGGUCAGACACAGGCCGCCACCACCGCAACAUCGUCCUCGCAGCAGUUUGCCACCACGCCGUCAUCGUCCGCCGGUCUGCACAGCCGCAAGCCACAGGGCGCCAGCAAGCCUCACCCGGACCACGUCGACGUCGGCGCCGCACACCAGCACGACCCGCCUCGCCACCCUACUGACAACGAUGAACACGCCAACUCGUACCCGCUCUUUGCCGGCGACAAGCCCUGGUCGCAGCGCUCCUGGGCCUACGAGCUCACGCCCUUCCGCGGCAUGUGGUACGACGUCCGCCGCAGGAGCCCCUUUCUCCGCCACGACUGGACCUCGGCCUUUGAGCCCCGCAACUGGUGGACCAUUGUCAACAGCGUCUUCCGCAUGUACUUUAUCAACCUCAUGCCCGCCAUCGCCUACGUCAUCGACAUGAACUACCGCACCAACGGCGCCUACGGCAUCAACGAAGUCAUCCUCGCCUCCGCCCUCGCCGCCAUCGUCUUCCCCAUCUUCUCGGUCCAGCCCCUCACCUUUGUCGGCGUCACCGGCCUCAUCAACCUCGUCAACUACACCCAGUACAACAUCUUUGUCGGCUACUACAACUUUAGCCAGAUCGACUACCUCCGUAUCCAGGCUUGGUCCCUCAUCUGGUCCGCCGCCUUCCACUGGGUCGUGGCCGUCUUCAACGUGUGCGACUUUACCCGCUUCAUCACCGACAUGACCUCCGAGACCUUUGGCUUCUACGUCGGCAUCGUCUACAUCCAAAAGGGCAUCGAGCUCCUCAUCGAGGAGUUCAAGCCCGCCCCCCUCGACAACGCCACCGGCUGGUUCUCGGUGACCAUCGCCAUCCUCUUCACCGUCUCCGUCUACCUCGUCUCCAAGGUCGGAGCCACCUCGUACCUCCCCUUCCGCCUGCGCAACCUCGUCGGCAGCUACGCCUUCACCGCCGGCAUCCUCUUCUGGACCGGCUUCAGCCACUUUCCCGACUACUCUCUGCGCCGCAUCCCCAUCGAGCGCCUGCCCAUCACCAGGUCCUGGUUCCCCACCAUGGACCGCCCGUGGUUCAUCGACUUCUGGAACAUCGAGCUCAAGUACGUCUUUGUCGGCGCUCCGCUCGGCUUCCUCAUCAUGCUCCUCUUCUACUUUGACCACAACGUCAGCAGCGUCAUGGCCCAGGCGCGCCGCUUCCCCGUCCGCACCCCGGCGGGCUUCCACUGGGACUUUUUCCUGCUCGGCGUCACGACGCUCGUCGCCGGCUUCCUCGGCCUGCCCGCGCCCAAUGGGCUGGUGCCGCAGGCCCCCGUCCACACCGAGACGCUGUCGGUCUUCAAGCAGGUCGACAAGCCCGACGAGGAGCAGGAGGUGGCCAUGGACAAGCCGGUCCAGCGCGGCGAAAAGCGUGGCAGGGGUCGGGCGGCCGAGCUGCCCACCCGCACGGUGCGCCGGCAGCACGUCGUCAACACGCGUGUCGUCGAGCAGCGCGUCUCGCACCUCGCCGUCGGCCUGCUGACGCUGGGCACCAUGACGCGGCCGCUGCUCGUGGCGCUCGGCACGAUGCCCAAGGCCGUCUUCGCCGGCGUCUUUGUCCUGGUCGGCUGGGCCUCGAUCGAGCGCAAUAACAUCACCAUGCGCACCCUUGCCAUCUUCCGCGACCGCCAGAUGAUGCCGGCCGACGAGCCUCUCGCGCCCAUCCGCCGCCGCAAGAUCGCCCUCUGGGUGGGCAUCCAGUGGCUCUUUUUCGCCAUGACGAUCGCCAUCAGCCAGACCAUCGCCGGCAUCGGCUUCCCGGUCAUCAUCACGCUUCUCAUCCCCUUCCGCUACUUUGUCGUGCCCCGGUGGUUCUCUCCGCUCGAGCUCAAGGUGCUCGACGCGCCCACCUCGGACGCCGACGUGGUGCUCGCCUCGCUCGGCCACGAGACGGAGCGCGUGACGGGCCGCGGCGUCGAGGUGGCGCUCGACACGGGCAUCGCCGGCGACCUCUACGACGGAGGCAAGAAGCGCGACGACGACAGCUAUGGCGACGAUGGAAACCAAGCUGCGGCUGGCGCUCUUCGAAGCCAGCACGGCGGGGCUGCGGCUAGCGAGAAGACCGUCUACGCGGACGCGGAAAAGUCGGUCGGCGGCGUCGGUGGACACCGGCCGAUGCAUGCCCAGGAUGAGGGGACGAGGGCGACUGGCCCGGCGGCCAUGAGCAGCGGCAUCGCCGCUGGUACCGCCGGGCUCGCAGCCGACGAGGCCAAGGAGGAGAGCAAAGGCGGCGGCGCUGCAUCCACGCACAGCGGUCAGGAUCACGUCCUCGCCUCGCAGCCUGCAGGGCAGCAGAGCGAUCAAGUCGACGCGGCUAUCCUCGUGCAGCAGCAGCAGCAGCAGCAGCAGAAGGACGAAGCCAAGAGGGCCAAGGAGGCAGAGGUCGUAGCCGCGCAGCAAAGGAAGGCCGAGGAAAAGCGGGCCAAAGAGGAGAAGAAGGCAGGGGAGAAGCGCGUCAAGGACGAGAAGAAGAGGGCAAAGGACGAGGAAAAGCAGCGCAAGAAGGCGGCCAAGGACGAGGAAAAGAGGCGCAAGGAAGACGCCAAGCGCGAGGCCGCCGAGGCCGAGAGGGAGAAGAAGGCACAGAAGGACAGGGAUGCCGCCCUCGCCGCCGGCGUUGCGGGUGCUGCAACCGCCGCGGCCACUGCUGCCGGAGGCGAUGCGGCCAAGGAGGAGGGAGAGGACAAGUCACCCGACGCAAAGUACGAGCAGGUCGAAACGGCUGAGCCGGACCCUCUGUCGAGCACGGCACCCCAGAUCUCGGCCGACGUCCUUCCCGUUCCGGGAGCCUCUUCGUCACUGACGCCGGCGAGUGCAGGCGGGGACCGACCGCCGCGUCUGUCGACGUCGAGCAGCAUCAAGCGCAAAGCCGUGCCGCGCCUCUCGAUGACCGACGAGGAGCCGCAGGCCGCCGCGAUAGCAGAGGCACCUGCUGCCUCGAUCGCCGCGAGCAAUGAUGCAGCCGCGACGUCGUGGAGCAACCCCACUGGCGUCGACUCGAUCCCAACCUCUCCUGCGACGACGGCGGCGGCGGGCAAGAGGGGAAAGCGGCACAUUGUGGCCAUCGAGAACCCGGUACGAGGGGCCGGCUCGCCGCCUCCUCCCGUCCAGUGGCGCAACGACGGCGAGAGCGAUGCCUGA